AGCAACAGACAAACGUAAACAAAGUACUGAAGACGAGUUUGAUGGAUGAAGAGCUGAUCUUCCUGAACAUUCCCGUCCGGAACAGAGACUCGGAUCGGCUCAGUAUGACCACUGAUGACCUCCUGGCUCUCCCAAAUGACGGCUCUCUCCCCGUGACCCGCACCUCGGCCCUCCUCUCCCGCUCUGGGAGCUUUCCGUUGGGAUUGAGCUUCAACUCUAGCUCCCGGUCACACUCCCGGUCCAUUAUGGCCCAUAAAAACUCCAUAAGGCGUCCCGUCCCUGUGGAUGAUUUACUGAUGGCUGGUUUGAGGUCACACCGUCAAGCUCCUCCCCCCAACAUCCCGCCAGCCAAUCGGACGCCCAGAUCCAGUCAUCUCCCGCGCUGGAUGACCAGCCAGAAAUCCGACAUGGAUGUUUCCGGGAUGACCAGCGUUCCUGAGCUGAAGUAUCCGGUGUGGCUGAGACAGUGUGAAGAAUCCUCAGAUCAUCCUCUUCCUCCCAGAGUUCCUUCAUGGGUUGGAGAACUGGAAGAGUCCAGUGGAGAACGUCAGUCGGACGCUAAAGGUCAGCGAGGUGUCAAAGGUCACGCAGGAGAGCCGUAUGGAUCCCAGUCCAUCAGUCAGUGCAGUCUGAGAGAUCUGCGUUUACAGUUUGAGCAGAAACUCCAGGCAGCGAAGAGAGGACCGAUUCAUGAAGGACCUCUUUUCAAAG